CUUUUCAUUUUCUCUCUCACCAAACACAGUUGCUUUUUCUUUCUCCCGCCCACGCACCCAUAUUAUUAUUUUCUUUCUUAAUUUUCUCGUCACCCAAACACCUUCAACAUAUUUCCCUUUCUCUCUCUACGAAACUUUAACACUAAUAUUACUUUUUGCCCACUAUAUAUAUCGUCUUCGUCUCUCUCUCCCACUCGCCAAAACUCAUCACUCACCUCCUUUCUUUUCUAUUUAUCUCUUUCUCUCUCUUCAUAUCUACUGUGAGAUAUUUGGUGGGUUACUUGAGGACAUAAUCUUUGCUUUUAGGGUUUCUUGUCUCCUUUGAAGCCGAAGGUUUUUUUUUUUUUUUUUGAAGAUUGAACCCCAAUGACAUCUACAAUGGAGGAUUGCAAGGAAAACGCUGGUGGCAAUAACAGCAAUAAACGACCCCGGGAUGACUUUGAGACUUAUGAGGUCGACUCGCCGGAGUCUAAACAUUCCCGGGUCGAACAGGUGAGUUCGGAGCCUGAGUCAGAUGUUGCUUCCCCGGAGGCGAAACGGAUCCAGGAGGAUCUGCUCAAUAUUCUCGACGACCCGGACUUGGGUUUUGACCGUGACCCGGAAAUCCCUGACCUUGACUCCGUUAUCAAAAGCUUCGAAGAGGAGAUUCUCGUCCCGCCUCCGGUGCCGGACAUGACGUCUGAUUCCGGCGAGUCAAGGUCGGAUCUUGGAUACCUUCUGGAAGCUUCCGACGACGAGCUGGGUCUGCCGCCGACUUUCUCGUCCGGGGACGAGCAGAAAGAGGACGCCGUUAAUCUUGAGCCUGGCGUCGCCGCUGGAUUUGACGGGAUGUUAGGGUUCGAGGACAAUAUACCGAGUUACGAUUCUUUUGAGUUGGGAAUCGGCGGUAACACAGAAGGCAACAGCAACGGCAGGUUUAAUUCAGAUAACGGAGCCGAUUUUGUGACGUUAGGCGGGCUGUUUGAUUAUUCGGAUGAUGCAUAUGACCCGGCCGACCUUAUUGAACUGACGUGGCAACCCGAGUCUCUACCCGCUUUGUAAAAAUGGGAAACGUUUCGGUUUGCCGAAACGUUUCGGUACACAGACCUAGUAUUUGUGAAGAUAGGUUGUAAAGUUGGACAAAAAAUGAGAAGAGGAAAAUGCGGAGUAGGUGUUCAUAGAAAUAGACCAAAAAAAUCUUUGCGGGCAUACUGAUUGAAUUUGUUUUUUGAACAAAAUAUAAUACCCUUCAAUUUUUAA